GGGUCAAACUUUUGUAAUGACAAGGUCAUUGGCACGCGGAAUAAACAGAUUCCUAAUGACUUCACUAAAAUACAAUGAAAGGGAAUAUGAAGCUUGUGAUUGGUUUUUAAAUAUACGAACACAAAGACCUGUCUCUGAACUUCAAUCAGAUCUGUUCGUCUCAAAUAGCGGAUUCUUGGUUGAUAACAGAACACAACGUUUUAUAGAGCGUUACUUCAAUGCAUUUUAUUUAGUUGAUGUUGGUGGGGAGUUUGAAAAUGAUAUUUGUAUAUUAAGGCAUAGCAAUACUUUGUGUGUUGUUGGUCUUGCUUGUGGGCACCAUAUUUUUAAAAGGUGUAGCGAGAAUUCCUCUGGUGACUGUUCUUCUUCCAUAACUCACGAAAUUUUAGGAUUAGAUUAUCAGGUUUCCAAUGGAUUAAAUCGUUCGAAAAAAAAUGUCAAAGGCCGUCGUAAACAUGGAGGUCAUGUUUUGAAUAAAUCUACAGACAUAAUAGCUUAUGCUAUUUGUGAUCGUGAAAUAAAGCAUCCUGUAGUGUGUGGCAUUCCAGGCAAUCUUUUGGAAGUUAAUAAUUCUCUAGACAUUACAAAAACCGAGUUUCAUCCUCCUAUCUCAGAAGAUCUAAGCUAUUUAAAUUCAAAAGUGAAGUUAACUCCUUUGAUAGGAAGCGAGAGUACUAUUAAUGUUGGUACCUACUUAUCCAUUAUAUUGCCAAAACCAAGACCAAGGAAGGAUCAAAGUGGGUGUAUAAUUGAUAAGUCCAUUGAUGAGUCGAUUUUACUGAUUGAUUCUCCCACUCAAAACUUUACAGCAUUAGUUGGUGAUGUUUCAGAAAAGCUUGAUGAUUUAACCCAGUCAGACUAUGCAGCACAGAUUGCUGAUUUUAUUUCACAGACAUCUCUUCCUAAAGAACAAAAGGUACUUAACUGGAAUGAAUAUUCAGCCCUUCGACAUUGUACAUAGAUUAUUCUGUGAUAUUAUUUUUUAUACUAUAUUUUUACAUUUAAAUAUAUAAAUGCUUAUCUAUACGUGAUUUUCUUGAUUUAUGCAAUUAAUACUAUGAAGUAUUAGUCACUAAACUUAAUUAACUAAUAAUCUUGUUAAUCGCCCUUAAAUCUUUUACUUCAAUACUAACUGGAAUUAUAAAAACUUUAAUUAGUGGUCCGUUUAUUAUUAUUAUUUGAACACAUGAAUAUUGGUACAAGAGAGCGCCAAUAUAUAUG